AUGGGGACAGUGACAGACUCAGGGUCGCACAUCUCUUCAACAGCAGGAGCCGGCCGGGCACGAUAUGAUCCAAGUUCACAGCCUCUUCGGGUCUUGGUGACAGGCGGCUUGGGGUUCGUGGGCUCGGCCAUCGUCCGAGCCUUGCAGGAGCAACAUGCCGACUGGCUCGUCUGGAUACUGGACAAGCACGAGGACCCUAUGCAGGGUAAGGGGCGCGCGAAUAGAAAUGAAGAUGACGACCUCAAUCUGUUAAAAAACUGCAUGUACGACUAUGUGCAGGCCGAUGUUACAGAUGAAGGCCAGGUGUAUGAGGCAUUAAACCUAGUCAGGCCUGAUGUGGUCGUUCAUACCGCCGGCGUCGUGCCGCCGCUCAGCGAGCGAUAUGCACGUCGAUUGGAAGCCUUUGUUAGACACAUCAACGUCGACGGGACUCGGCAUAUGGUCGAAUCGGCUAGAAGCACCGGGUGCAAGGCGCUUGUGUAUACGAGUACUUGCUGCGUCGUGACGGACGACAUGAGCCAGUCAUAUCCGAACAUCGAUGAGAGGUGGCCAGUUGCCCGGCGAUCUUCCAUCUAUGGUGAAAGCAAAGCCGAGGCAGAAAGAAUUGUAAUCGCAGCAAACGACAUGUCCACCGCCGGCAGCUGGACCGGCGAUAGAGAUGUCAACAACGUCGAUCCCAAGGGGGUCGAUGACCAUCCUCCAAAUGGCAUGCUCACGUGCGUGUUGAGACCAUCGGUCAUUUUCGGAGAGGGAGACAAUCAGCUGGUACCUUCAGUGCAUACCUGCAUCGCAAAGGGUGAAACUCGAUACAGACUUGGGGACGGGAGAAACCUCUGGGACGUGAGUUACGUAGGCAACGUGGCUGACGCUCAUGUGCUGGCUGUUGAGAACCUGUUGUCAUCCCAGGCACGGCGGCAUAACGGAGUGAGCAAUGUUGACGAGAGUGGCAAAGGGGCCGAAACUGCUGCUGGUGAAACGUUUUUCAUCCAGAACAACGAACCCAUUUCAUUUCGGGAAUUCAGCCUUGCCAUCUGGAAGGAGUUUCGUCAUUAUCCGCCGGUGUGGGAGAUUCCCAUUCCCGAAUCACUGGGGUGGGUACUAGGUCUGCUCGCGGAAGGCUGGACGCGAAUUUCCGGCACCCCAGCGACCCUUUCUCGUGGAAGCGUGAUGGAUGCUUGUGCUAUGCGUUAUGCCAGUGGUGAUAAGGCGCAAAGGGUGCUCCACUAUCAUCCAAGAGUAGGGCUGGAGGACGGCAUUCGAAGAAGUUGUCAGGUGAGUGAGCGAUCUUCCCCUAUUCAAUCCCGUCCCAUUGUUCAAACCGGUGGCGUCGUUGCAGUAAGCCGGCGGCUCGGCAGAGAACUUGUUCCUGUACUAAAGGAUGCAACGUCAAUCAGGAUUAUGCACGACGGCUGA